AUGGUUGACGGAGAAAUGCGCUCCGACGAGUUUCAUGAGGUGGCAAUGGUUGUGUACUGGAUAUUUGGCGGGCCGACGGAGGACGAAUACAUUGAUAAAAUUAUUUCAGACAAAAAAUCUUUUCAGGAUGAAAGCAGAGGCAUCAAAGCUGAUGUCUUUUAUUUGAUCUCUGGUGCGUGGAAAACAUCAUUGGAACGCCUUUUCCUUUGGAUUGGAGGAUCCCGUCCAUCACAGCUUCAAAAUUUCGCAGAGUUUGUAAAGAAAACUUUAUUUGCAACAAAAAUGCCAAAGCUUCCAGCUGCUGCCGGUCUUCUUGCAUGGUUUGGAGUUCUGCUUGCAACUGUUGGUUUGGUUAUGUUUUGCAAGUGUAGCAGUUUUGAGCUACAAUAUGAAUAUAAUGGUUAUGUGAAACAAGCUCUGUGA